CAGUGCCUAAAAACACUGCAUGCCCUAUAGAUCAAAUUAAAAUGUGCCCUGUUCAGGUGGCCACUUCUCCUCACUCAGGAAUGUUGGAGAACAAGUUGAAGAAUGAGAGAUCUGAUUGAGAGUGACACUAAUAGCGAGGAAAAGGGGGAAGACGGGUGUUGCUUUCUACAGCUAACACACACAUGAGCUGCACAGAUCAGUGACCCCACAAACAACACAAAAGGACCAACAGAGAAGAAGCAAAAUGAAUCUGAAUCACACAACUCCCUUUAUAUUAACCUCAAACAUAAAAUCGGAAUUCCCUAAGUACUAUGCUCUCAUCCCACUUGUACUUGCACUGAGUGCAUGUAUAGUGGCAGUGGUGUUUUAUAUGAGAAGAAUAUCAAGACUUGAUGAGCUGCGCCACCGUCUGAUUCCGCUGUACAACUACGACGAAGAGGAAGACUGGGGAGAUUAUGACAAGGACGAUGAGGAGAAAGAGCUGUCUGAACCUUUGUACAAGGACUCACAGCUCUCCUUUACCUCGGACCACAGAACAUGAGCAGGAAGACAAGAAUGAAGAAUUUAAUUAGGAAGUGAAAUUUUUAUUUUAGUAACUAUUGUGCAAAGGACUGAUUGAUGAAACAAACUAUUAAAACCAACCUGCUGCUGUUGGACCGAUCUGUUGUUACACAAUGCAGUGAUUGCGUGGUACUGUCCACCAGAUGGCACUGCUGUCUUGUCUUUUGCCUGAUGCAAAUGUUUUUAUUCUUCUUUCUUUCUUACAAAACUGUACAGGGUGUUUUUUAAAAGAAAGUAGUGACUAAGAUGUGCCUUCACAAGAAUAAACUAAGGGUGAAAUCUGA